UCCCCCUUGAACCUCUCUAUUUUAUAUUUCUCCACUUAAUUUCUCAUGAGGCAGAAAGGAAGCCAGUCUCUUUGGCUCAUGGUCACCUUGAAUCCUGUGAUUCAGGGUGAAAGGAGAUGUUCACCCCUAGGUUUGGAGACUGUAUACAUUCAACUCUCUUUUUAAAUUCUAGUCCUCAGUGUCCAUGUGGGUCCAAGCAGGGUCUAGGAAAAACAAGGAGAUGCUCGAGAAGAGAGCUGGGAUGAAACUCCAGGCAGAUGUGCUUUGAUAACCGAGUGGAAAGGGGAUCUGGCUGGCACUGAUGCCCUAGCUCGCUGCAAACCUUCAGCCCUCGCCUACGUGUGUGUGUGUGUGUGUGUGUGUGUGUGUGUGUGUGUGUGUCUUUCUAUUUUAUUCUCUGCCCCUUUACCCCCAGAGCUUUGGCGUACCUGCUGUUGUUCUUGUGCCAACAGUGGCAUCUGCUCAGUGAAGCCAUCAAGAAUUUGAAUGUCAAUAUCUUUGCCUUGAAAUGAAUGGAAAAGUAUUUGUCACUCAGCGGCAAUCAUUCUUCAAAUAAAAGGUCACUGGAAGGACUGAGCGCAUUCAGGAGCCUGGAGGAGCUCAUUUUAGACAACAAUCUGCUCGGAGACGACCUCGUGUUGCCAGGGUUACCCCACUUGCACACCUUAACCCUCAACAAGAACCAAAUUACCGACUUGGAGUGCCUCCUUGAUCACCUGGCAGAAGUGACACCAGCCUUAGAGUACCUCAGCCUGCUGGGAAAUGUAGCAUGUCCCAAUGAGCUGGUCAACUUGGAGAAGGAUGAGGAAGAUUAUAAGAGAUACAGGUGCUUUGUUCUACACAAGCUGCCCAAUUUGAAGUUUCUGGAUGCCCAGAAAGUCACCAGACAAGAACGGGAGGAGGCAUUGGUCAGAGGGGCCUUCAUGAAGGUGGUGAAACCCAAGGCUUCAUGUGAUGACUUUGCCAGCUCCCCAGAGUGCCAGUACACACCCUUGCCUUCUGGAUCCCGAGAGCUCACCAGUCACCGAGGUGUCCUGGGGAAAGGUCGCUAUUUUUACUAUGGAAGAAAUUCAGAGGGUAACAGGUUUAUCCGAGAUGACCAGCUCUGAAGCUAAACUCUGCACGCCUUAGCCUGUUUCGUGACAAUAAAAU